AGGUUGUGGACAGAACUACCACAAGCGCUGUGUGGUGAAGAUCCCCAACAACUGUGCCUACACACUGUGUGGCAGUGGCAAGCGGAGAAGGUCGUCCACACUACAAGUGCCCAGGAGUCCCUCAGACACAGGCUCUACUUCCUCUGUCAACUCAGCCUCUGCCUCAGCAUCUGACGACAACUCCCUGAACCAGCCUCUACUGCAGGUACCCAAGACAUCCAGGUCUCCGUCUCUGGGUGGUCGACCUGCCUGGGUAGACAAGGAGUUGGCUGGUCGCAUCAAAAUACCUCACACCUUCCAACUACACAGCUACACUAGACCUACAGUGUGCGGUUACUGCAAGAAACUUCUCAAAGGGCUUUUCAAACAAGGACUGCAGUGCAAAGACUGUAACUACAAUGCUCACAAGAAAUGUAUUGACAAGAUACCAAAGGAUUGCACAGGGGAAAACCCACCAGGAGAGUACCCGGAUAGUGGAAUGGGCAGUGAGGGAGACAGAGACAUCAGUAGAGAGCAAGAAGAAGACAACAGUGAUAGUGAGAUCAACUCCCCCACCUCCAACCACAGCCAGUCCAUCCCCAGCAGUCCUAUGUCCAACGGAACAAUCAUUGAUGUAAUCACUACUAAUUAUGAUGACGAAGAUUCAAACAAAAGGCCUACAAGUUCUUCCCCUAGCAAUAACAUUCCCCUGAUGAGGAUAGUACAGUCAGUCAAGCACACAAAGAGAAGAGGGUCCAAGGUGCUCAAGGAAGGGUGGAUGGUUCAUUUCACCACCAAAGACAGAAUGAGGAAGAGGCACUACUGGCGGUUGGAUUCAAAAUGCAUUACAUUAUUCCAAAGUGAUUCGGGGUCAAAAUACUAUAAGGAGAUUCCUUUGGCCGAAAUUCUAUCAGUUGAACCUGCCACUAUGCAACAAGGAGAUGUGAUGCACUGUUUUGAGAUCCACACCAGCAAUGUGCAGUACCUUGUAGGAGAGGAUCCACUGUACGGUCGCUCAGUGCCCAACAUACAGCUACCUCCACCAGACAGUGGGGUGGGGGCUCAUCUUGCCAAGAGUUGGGAGACCAGCAUCCGCCACGCGCUCAUGCCUGUAGCCAGCAAUGCCAAAGCAGACAUGUCAUCAGAGCCAGAGGAGAGAGUGACAGAUAUGAAUCAGCUGUAUCAGAUCUUCCCUGACGAGGUCCUUGGCUCCGGCCAGUUUGGUAUUGUUUAUGGAGGUGUGGACCGUAAGAGUGGGAGAGCCGUAGCCAUCAAAGUGAUAGACAAGCUGAGGUUCCCCACCAAACAAGAAGCCCAGUUGAAGAACGAGGUGGCAAUACUGCAGAACCUCAGCCACCCUGCGGUGGUCAACCUCGAGCGAAUGUUUGAGACUUCCGAACGGAUAUUUGUAGUCAUGGAGAAGCUGAAAGGUGACAUGCUGGAGAUGAUACUGAGUAGUGAAAAGGGACGACUCUCCGAACGUAUCACAAAGUUUCUCAUUACCCAGAUCCUGGUUGCCUUAAAACAUUUACAUAGCAAAAACAUAGUCCAUUGUGAUCUGAAGCCUGAGAAUGUCUUACUGAGCUCUGACUCUGACUUUCCUCAAGUCAAACUCUGUGACUUUGGCUUUGCUAGAAUCAUAGGAGAGAAGUCCUUCCGGCGAUCAGUGGUCGGGACCCCAGCCUACUUAGCACCAGAGGUUUUGCGGAACAAGGGCUACAACCGGUCUCUGGACAUGUGGAGUGUUGGUGUCAUCGUGUACGUCAGCCUCAGUGGAACCUUCCCCUUCAAUGAGGACGAAGAUAUCAACGAACAGAUACAAAAUGCUGCCUUCAUGUAUCCUCCAAAUCCAUGGAAAGAGAUAUCAUCUGAUGCUAUUGACUUAAUCAACAACUUGUUGCAAGUUAAGCAGCGGAAAAGGUACACUGUGGAUAAAUCCUUGUCCCACAUAUGGUUACAGGACUAUCAGACAUGGUGUGACCUUCGUAACCUGGAGAAGACCACAGGUCUGCGGUGGCUCACACAUGAGUCAGACGAUGCUCGAUGGAGCACCUUCGAGAAAAAUUUCAAUCAACGGCUCUGACGCGGCCGUCGUUGGCUCAAACACUUCCACCGUCUCUAAAUCACGUGCCAAACUUUCUUAUCAAUUUUAGAGUCUAAAUCUUUUUUUUUUAAAGAAUUAUAUUUAUAUCUACAAUUUAUAAGAUACCAAAAAUAAUAACUGAGGCAAGACUAGAUUCUGACUAAGAUAAAAGGAAUCACCAUUUUCUUUUGAAAUGAACCUAAGUAGGUUCAGCAAAAUACAUUUUUAUUAACAGUUUUGACUGACUGAGUUAGACUGAGGCAGCCAUUUGCUGUUUUGCUGUUUUGCCGUUUUUUCACUCACAAGCCUAGGGUUCUCAUAUCAUUAUAGCCUAUGUUCAAAUCUUGAAAAUCAUUUAUCUCAAGCAUCACAUUGAAAUAUUUCUAAACACUCUUCUUUGCCAAUACUUCCCAUAAGAUUGUGCUCAAUAAAUCGCCAUUUGAAUUAUUUUUCCAAAAAUAAAUUAUUUAAUCAUUAAAUUAAUAUUUAAGUAUGGAUUUCAAGUUUUUAGGCUAUAAAAUGUGUAGAAUGACAUCUGUUUAAUGUUUUUUAAUCAAAUUAUAAAUACUAGAAUCUUUGGGGACAUUUAAUUUAUAAUACCAACAUACUGUAGUCACCAUAAAUUAUUGAUUCAUCUAUAAAUCAAUCCAAAUUUUAACUAUUCAUUACACUUAUAUUUGAACAUGCAUAAAGAAUGCUGUAAGUUACAUUAAAAUAAAACAUUGUUAUGACUAAAAUUAUAAUGUCACUCUAUACCAAAUAAUCGAUAUGACUAAAAUACAUGAUAGGGACACUUAUGAAAAAAUCUCUGUAUAAACGAUGUAAAUGUUACUAUGUAGGCCUACAUAAACUGGGCAAAUUAUAUUUAACAGAAACUAAAACAUCACCAAAUUAGUAUGAGGUAUUAAUUUGAUUACAGUAUAUUGUUCUAAAUGUUACAAUAACAUUUUUGUAGUACCAUGUAGCUCUUUUGUCCAUCAGUUAACUAACUAUCAUUAUCGACAGUAUAAAUAUUGACUAUCUUCUUAUCUCCAAAAGUUAUUUUCUCAUCAGUAUUUUGCAUAUCAAGCUAUGUGCUGUACUGCUGUACACAUUAGUAUUACGGUACUAAGACUUGUCUCAGUAGAACUAGUACUAUUUACCACCUGUAUUAUUGUUAUCGUGUUUAUAAGCUAGUAUUAAAAUUUAUGUUUAGGUAAUUUCUAAACAAAAAUAGAUAACUUGCAUUUAAUGCCUUGUAUUGUAAAUAUUUUGCUAAUAGCUUCGUUAUUGUUUUAUACAAUAUGUAUUGUUAACAAUUUUAACUUUUUUUCAUAAUUAAUUGGAAAACCUUCUAACUGUGCAAUGUGAAAUAUGAAAGAAAAAUGUUUUGUUAUUAGGGCCUAAGGUGACUCAUUUCAACCUGUGCACAAGUUUAACAGAAUGUGAGGAAGGGUAAAAAAUAACAAAAAAAAUAUUUUUCUGUUAGGGUAAAUAAAUCCUGUUAGGUUAAAAAAUUGUUCCUGUUUAAUGGACUAUAUUUUUUUUUCAUGCUGCACCUUUCCUAAAAUAAUGAAAUUCAAAUACAGUAAUGUAAAUUUUAUACCUACAUUGUUAACCUUUAAAAAUUAGCUUGUUUAAUGGUUUUCCUCAUGUUUUUUUAUUAUAUGUGAACAGCAAUUAAUGCUUUUAGAUGUUAUUUGUAUUAUCUCGUAAACGCAGUUCUAAAUUCAUAGUUUUGUUGCUGAAUUUCUUUUACAUUACAAUUAGUAAAUGUCAAAAAGGGGUGUAUUUGUUUUUAAAUAUACAAUAUAAUGCAAUGAUAAAACACAAAUACAAUUUUUUAAUGAUACAAUAGUAUAUUUGAUAGGGAUGGACGAGAUUGGAUUUUUAAUUUGAGACGAGACGAGAUGGAAUUUUUUAUUUCUCAUAAAAUUUCUAGAUGAGAUCGAGACGGGAUUUCCCUUCUCAUACAUAACGGAAUGUUUGACAUUUUAAGCUGAUUUUGAUUUUGUAACAUUGUUAAAUACCUACUAUAGUUCGGCCGCUUAGAAAGCGACCUCCUCUAGCAUUGGUUUAGCAUAUGCGUGCAGGUCGUUUUCUAAGCGGCCGAACUAUAAUUUAUAACAGAUGACUAGUUGAAUACAAAAAUAAUAAUAAUAAGCAAGAAUCUCAAAUCUUUUAUUAAAAAACAUCAGUAAGAAAAAAAAUUUCUCCUACCUUACUAAAAAUAACUCUGACGCAUAGGAAACAUGGUGAUAUCAGUUAGGAUAAGAUUUAGUUCAACUUUGAAAAAUACCAAAUUUAUCAGUCUGAAACAUCAGUCUUACUAGUUAAGUAGACUAUUAUUAGGCCUAAAAAUUUUUCAGUCUUGUGUUAUUUUUAGAAUGAUUUUGGAGUGACUUGUUUUUGCUAUGUUUACGGUAGUAAAGCAUGUCUCACACUGCAUGCACUUAACAAAACUUCUCACCAUUUGCAAAGUAAAAACAAAAAAAUAUAAAACAAUUAAAGCUAUAUUUAUUUACAUGUAAAGAAUUAAUUAAAUAAAAACUCCUUCGCAAAGGAAACGCAACAACAACGCGCUCCUGUAUUGCCGUUAUAGCAUUGACUUUCUGCAGGCGUUUUUAAUUUUUUUUUUAUUUUGUCACAAAAAAAUCUUGAUUAAAAUUAAAUCCUCUUGAAGAACAAGAUUUAAAAUUUCCCAAAAAUUUCUCAAAAUUUUGAGACUUGUCCAUCCCUACCCUAAUAUUUGUCUACCGGGAAUAUUUUCAUGAGCGAAAUCAGCAAACAAAUUUAAGCUAAUCUUGAGUCCCGCUCGUCCGAACAUGGGUAAUCGGAACGUCCGUAUAAUCUGAACAAAUUCUAGAAAAAUGUUUUGAAAAUAAUUGGCACUAAUGUAAAAGUAUGUUUUAGAAGAUUAAAUCCAGAGGAAAUUUUACAAGUUCCAAUUCUUUUAUCUUAUAAGUUCAAAUGUAGUUUUCUAAAUUGUUAUACAACUGCCACUAAAUUUUCUUUGUCAAUCUAUUGAUUUUUCCAUCACUUUUAAAAUUUGAAAACUUGACUUACUUACUACUUACUGCUGUGGCCUUCGGUACCUCAAGUGGUACUUGGUCUCCCCAACACAAUCCAUUUGUUCAUCUCUAACUCAUGCCUCUUCCUUCUUUCUUUGAAAAAAAUGGUUAGUGAGGCCUCACAGCCAUAUGGAUGGACGCCCAUGGGCUAAUCCAAACAAUCAGCUGAUACUAACAGCAUUCAGUCGCAAUUAGUUUGGAUUAGCCGUACUCAAGUGUACUUUAGCCCUGUAACACUUGUAUUGAAAACAGCCGUUUUUGCUGCAGUAUGCAAAAAAUGACUCUUAAGAGGCCUAUUUUUCAUGUUUUAGAUAGUAAUUAGUUUUAAUUUAGGUACCGGUAUUUAUUGUGUUAUUUUUUAUACCGUUAAGCAUUGGACCAUAAACUAAAAUAAGUAGUCUGACUUCUGUAUGUUGUCCUUUCACCUAACCCCGAAUAAAAGUUUAACUUUACUGUCAAUUUAUUAGUGGAUACAUGACAUCGAAUUAGUCUAAUUGAUCAAAAAGGAAAUUAUUUAUUUAUUGUUGCAGUACUAUUUGUUUGUUUUACAAUAGUAUUUAUCUACAGGGUUGCCAUAAGUUAAAUAUAGUUUUUAUAUGCCUUAAUAUAGUUUUUUUUUUGUCCUUGUACGUUUUUAACACAAACUAGUUCAAUAAACUCAUUGUUAUGUAAAGUUUAAAUUAAGCUCAAAAGAAAUUACAUAAUAAUCAUUUUAGUCCAAGAAUAACUUAUGUCAACAAGUGUUACAAUUCUUACAAAUUUAGUUGAUAAUCAUUAUCAAUAGGUUUACAUUUCCACUUGCCUGAACAUAAUCUAUCAUUCAAAUGCACAUGAAGCGAAUUUUCUUAACAAUAAUAUUAAAUGUGUGCGUUUUGAACAGAAAUGGAGGACACUGAGAAAAAUCAACAACUAACUUAUGGGUUUUUUAUGCAUUCCAAUCAUCAUCAAUGAUAUAUACUGUUUGUAACUACCCAUGUUGUUAUAGUAAUUUUGUGUUGUUACACGUGUGUAUUUUAACCAAUUGACAGAUUUGACACACACUUAUUGUAAAAAAACAACUGAUAAAGUACACACAGUUUAUAUCAUGAGUUUAAAUAAAGAUGCUGUACACUUUGUCCAACAAGACAAGACACAACACAACAAUAAAUCUGUAUACAAUGUUUUUCCAUUGUUGACAUAUGUAAGGAAUAUUUUGUUUUGCCGCUCUGCACAUGUGCUGCGAAUGUUGUUACACCUACUUCCAAUAAUCCUCCUGUUCUGCCUGAAAAUGUUUAUUUUUUAUUUUUUAUCUUUUAUAAUUUCUCAUACAGAGAAUAAGCAAUUUUCCAAUCCAAUUUAUUUCUCCAAAUUAUCCAUCAAAUCAUCUUCAUAGUUUAAAACAGUCUAUUACCACAGUUAAUCUACUAGCAAAGAAAUAAUAAUAGCGUUUUUCCAGAAUAGUGCAGAAGGCUUACACAAAUAUUGGUUUCAAGACACAUACAUUGCUACUAUAAUUCUUUUUAUACAAAAAAGUAUGAUUUUGUUCAUUUGUUUAGUAGGCUAUAUGUUCUACAUUUGAGAACUUUGAAUUUUAGAAAUCCAAUAGAUGUAUGUCCUUAUGUGAUAAAUUUUCACAACUAGGGCCUAUGUUAAAUUUUAGACUUUUUAGUAUUGCUUUUGUUUGUAUUCAGUUCUGUGAAUUUAGCAUAUUUUUAUGUAGUAGAUUAGCAUAUUUUUAAUUACUAUAUUUACUAUGUGUAUAUAUGCAAAUCUUAAAAAAUAAUCUUUUUAAUGUUAUGUAGUUUGUGGCUUGAUUUAAUGGUUAAUCUACGUAGUGUCCUGCAUAUAGCUGAGAAAUCCUUAUGACGUUAGAAAAAUGCAUUAGCAUUUCAUUUCCAAAGUUUAUUUUUAAUUACCUAUCAAUGUAAUGUAAAGUUUUAUGAAUUUUAUAAUGUACAUUUAUAUUCCAAUAUAGUUAUUAUUUAUGUUUUGAUUUUUACAUGCAUUCCUAAACGAUUUGUGGUGCUAUUAUAAAAUAUGUUGCAUUAUAUUUUAUCACAUAUGUUAACAUGCUUGAAAUAAUAAGUGUAUUUCGUACCUAGGGCCGAAAAUGAGAUUUUGCCGGCUCGAGAUAUUUUUUUAAACGAUCGGGAGCUGCAAAACCAUUUCGGUCCGUGGUAGGAACGCUAUUUUUCACCACACUAUACCCUAUUACCACUAUUCACCACAAUAAUAAUGCACACUGAUAGUCAACACAACUACAACUUUAAGGUUAUGUGAAGAAAUAAUUUGAGGAAUCAGCAAAAAUAAUAAUUAAUAGUUGCUAGGCAGCGGUGACAAUAAUUCUAUUGCAAUGGAUACUGAUUGUGUAUUUAAUAUGCAUUCAUGUUUAAAAAAGUAAGCGGGCAGCUGAUUUUGCGGCCCUAGGGCUGUAAAAACCUGCUCGGUCCCCAAAUGAUGAUGACAGCUGGCAUGGCCAGCAAAACGUAACUUUCAGCCACCAAUCAACGUAUGUAAAACAGCUAAAAACAUCAUAGUGUGGUGAAAAGAUAUUUUUGCCGUUACACAUUUUCAUUUUGAUGUCCCCAGAGGCCAAAAACACCAUUA